UAGUGGCAAUGUUGGGAAGGUUUGCUGAUAGCGCAGUAUUUGCUGUCAUCAUUCUCUAUACAUCAGAAUUGUUCCCUACAUCCAAUAGGAAACACUGCGAUUGGCACAUCUGUUGCAGUAUCUCAACUGGGUUCAAUCUGUGAUCCAUAUGUUGUCGACAUUAUGGGCAGAUAUGCUUGGUACAUUCCCAGCACUCUGUGUGGGUGUUUGGCUGUGUUCUCAGCUCUGUUGAUCCUCCUCCUGCCAGAAACUCAAAACAAACCUCUUAUGGACACUAUUCAAGAUCUCAUAAAAGCACCUAAACGGGACCACGUCUCGAUCCGCAACUGUUGCAACUUCUCCUGAUCAUCCUUGUAUGGUGUAUAAUAAACUACUUAUUUUUGUU